GUGCUCCAUAUCUCCAUAUCCUAUGGGGUCAACCUGUACUUGGUUUUACGGAACGUAAACAAAUUCAAGUUCAAACACAACAUGGUUGGAUAAUUAAAAAGUUAUUUGGUUAUUUUAACAAGAAUAAUCUCAGGUCUCGACUGCUCAUUCAAGGCCUACCAUCUUUCAAACGAAAUCUGUGACCUCUGCGAUUCACACCCAAAUAACCAAAUAACUGUGCGUAGUUCGAUACUUCGAUACUUUCUUUUUGUCGACUUUGGUAUGUAAUGCCGGCCACUGUUUAUUUUUAAUUUCGUCGUCAAGGGUUUCAGCCCUUGUGUUGCUGACACCCUGUCAUCGUCACCAUUGUUGUUGUCUUUCGAUCAUUGGCGAUCAUUGGUAUGGUUGAUAUGUGAGAAGCGGUCAGGCGUCGUUAGGUAUUGUUCGGUUGGUUAGGUAGUCGGUGGAAGUAGGCAGCAUGAACGAUGGAUGGAACUCGGAUGGUGAAAGCCGGACAGAAUACACUCCAAUAUAUUCCAAAACUUUUGCUCGUGGAGGUAACGGGAGAAGUGGGGCUACAGGACGUGAUUAUAGAAACCGGCAUGGUGGAAGGAAUAGCUAUACAAAUAAUUAUAAAUCUGAAGUAAGGGAAAGUGGGCAAGGCAUUCGAGGUGGAAGGUUUGAGCACAACAGAGGGCAAAAUCGAGAUGGUAGGAAUUGUCAAGAAUAUUCCUCUGGUGGUCGUAAUGAUCGAGAAUAUAACUCUGGUGGACGUAAUGACUGUGGAAUGGGAUGUGAUAGAACUGAAGUUUUAAUAAAGGCGUGCGAUGUUGGGAAGAUAAUUGGAAAAGGUGGAACCAAAAUUCGAGAGCUGCAAAAUGAAAGUGGUGCACACAUUCAGGUUGGUAAACCAUGUGAUGAAGAUUUUGGCCAGACGACUUCAGUUAUUCUCUCUGGAUCUGUAGAUUCAGUAGCUAAGGCAAAACAUUUGAUUGAAGAUUUUUUGAACAACUUCAGCUCAAAAAGUGAUGGAAGCAGUUGCAGUGGUACUGGAGGAACUGAGACUGCAGUUGUUGAGCCUGAACCACAGAAGCCACAGAUAGACUGGGCUAAGGCUAGCAGAAUCUUCGAGGAAGCCCAGAAAGAACGAUGGAGUAAGUGUCCUCCAUUACAUAAAGACUUUUAUAUUGAGGAUCCAGAAGUUGCGAAUAUGUUACCAGAAGAAGUCCAGAGAUUCCGGAAGGCAAAUAAUAAUAUUGUUGUGAGCUAUGUGUUUGAUGAAGUUGAAAGUGGAAUACCUAAUCCUGUGCAGACAUUUGAGCAAUGCUUUGCACAUUACCCAGAAAUUUUAGAGGAAAUUUAUAAGCAGAACUUUGAAGUUCCAUCACCCAUACAAUGUCAGGCUUGGCCAGUUUUAUUAAAAGGUCAUGACCUUAUUGGGAUUGCACAAACUGGCACAGGAAAAACCCUCGCAUUCCUAUUACCAGCUCUCAUCCACAUAGAUAUGCAACCAGUUCCUAGGUCAGAACGUCGUGGAGCAAAUGUUCUGGUGAUGGCUCCGACAAGAGAAUUGGCUUUGCAAAUUGAAAAGGAGGUGAACAAGUAUAAUUACAAAAAUAUUAAAUGUGUAUGUGUGUAUGGAGGAGGCAACAGAAGGGAACAAAUGAAUAUUGUUGCAGAGGGAGUUGAGAUAAUAAUUGCUACUCCAGGAAGGUUGAAUGAUUUAGUUUUGGCUGGUAUAAUUGAUGUUACUUCAAUUACUUACUUGGUCUUGGAUGAAGCAGAUCGUAUGUUAGAUAUGGGAUUUGAGCCUCAGAUUCGGAAAGUUCUCUUGGAUAUCCGACCAGACAGACAGACUAUAAUGACUAGUGCAACUUGGCCUGAAGGUGUUCGGCGGCUAGCCCAGUCAUACAUGAAAAAUCCCAUCCAAGUGUUCAUUGGCACACUGGAUUUGGCAGCAGUUCACAGUGUUACACAGACAAUUGAGAUAGUAGAAGAGGAUGAUAAAUAUCCAUUGUUGGAUGAGUUCAUUCGAAACAUGGAUCCUGAUGACAAAGUUAUAGUCUUCGUUGGCAAGAAGAUUCGAGCUGAUGACCUGUCAUCUAACUUGAGUUUAGCAGGAAUCACAUGCCAAAGUAUCCAUGGGGACAGGGAGCAAUAUGAUAGGGAGCAAGCCUUGGAAGACCUGAAAAGUGGAACUGUGCACAUUUUGAUUGCCACUGAUGUUGCCUCACGAGGAAUUGACAUUGAAGAUGUCACUCACAUAUUCAAUUAUGACUUCCCACGCAACAUCGAAGAGUAUGUGCAUCGAGUUGGCCGGACAGGAAGAGCUGGGAGGACAGGUGAAUCAAUCACUUUGCUUACAAGACAAGAUUGGGCACAAGCCAAGGAACUGAUCACAAUUCUUGAGGAAGCUAAUCAGGAAGUACCUGAGCAACUGAUAAAAAUGGCUGAACGAUUUCAUGCAUGGAAAGAGAAGAAGGCUGCAGAGAAGGACCAAGAACGUAUGGAUGUGCGAGGUUAUAGAGGUAGAGGUAGAUGUGGUUUUGGAGGUGGUAGUGGAGGGAGACGUGGUAGGGGUAAAUGGUAAAGAGAAUAUCAUGUUGGAUUUUGACUGUAUAACUUAUUCUUUAUAUGCACAGAAUACAGUACUAAUUGGGUACAAGAGAAGUAUUCUAACAUGUCAAGUUAUCUCAUUUUGCAGAUAUUUGCACAAGUAAAAGACAGCCUAUUAACAUGUUAUUCAAGUGUCACUUUACUUGCUGCAAUAUCAUUAUUUGAGUUUUGGUUAGGUAAAAUAUAUGUAUUAGGAUAUGAUGCAAAGUUUUGUGAACAUAUUCAAUAUGAAUAUGAAUCAGUUAUUCCUGUGGCCACAGCUGUUUUAAAAAUAACUGUACUGUGAAACCACAUUUUCUUAUACAGGUCAUAUUAAUGUUUGCCUUUUUUUUUUUUUUUUAAAGAUGUUUUAUUUCCAAGCAAGUAUGAGUUGUGAAGUUUGAGGAGUUAUGACCAUAAAUGUUGUAGAUGUGAAUAAACAUGUACUGGAAUCACCAUUUGAAGGUUUUUCCUCCUCUAGUUUAUAUGGUCCCAGCCCAAUCUGUUAAUUCCUUUAUUUAAGAUGCAGAAGGGGACAUUUACUGCUGCCAUCCUCUCUAUAGUGGGAAGGCUGUGAGAUGUAGGCUCAGUUGCAAAGCCUUCUAGAGACAUUUUUAUUGUUUGAGAUUCUGCCUCCUGGUGUAACUUUUUUUUAACCCAGAACUCUUCAUACAGUUCAUAUAAUCCAGGAUACUUUAUGCAAUUUGCACUCAAAUUGGACCAAGGUGUAAAGUGGCUGCAGUCGAUGUUUGAGGUAGCCAGGUUGCAGGUAUAUGCACAUGAUUAAGUUUGUUUCUCAGUGAGAAAUAUGUGUAUAUGUUGUGGAAAUACUGCUAUAAUUUGGGCAUGUUACUCUUUAACUUUUUCAGAUCAGGAUGAGAAUGAAGACAAUGAGAAUUUUUGCCAGUAGACUGAUUUUUUCAGAGUAAUAAUUUGCAACACUAGCUACCUUUUGACAGUGCACCAAAGUGUAGUACCAUAUAUACCUGAAUGGAAGUUGUUUCUGAAUGAAACAUGACCCUGCACUAGGAAACAUGUCUGCAUAGAGAAGUAACUUUAUGAACCGAUUUCUUAAUCUUACUACACACAUGUGAAAUAAGACAAAAAUUAGAUAACAUGUUAUACAUGAAAUGUAUUGGGUUAGCUUCCUUUUUGAAUUCAGUAGCCUUUAUUCAGUUUCAUUGUCUUCACAGUUCACUGCCAGCAUUCGCAACUUCUUCAGAUAUACAGUUUUAAACCUUCUGACCAUCACUUCUAUAGAGAUCUGUUGCUAUGGUCUUGAUCCACUGGCAGCAAUUUUACACGAAGCUUCUUCAUUGUCUCUGUGAUGUUAGAGCCAGUUGGAAUAAAGCUGUUUCAAAUGAUCAUUAAAAAAGGCUUAUUCAGGCAGUUAUGAAGUCACCCCUCGACCCAAAGCAUUAUAUGAAUCAUAGAUAUGGCAUCCAGUGUUAAUGACUUCAAAAUGCAUCAAUCACAAGCAUUCCUUCUUUUCUCAACAAAACUCUUGAUCUCCUGUUGCAAACUUGUAACCAGUCCCCCAUCAGUUCAUUUAAUCAUCUGUCCCUUAGUUAAGCGACACAGUCAAUAGCCCCAUAGAUAGCACCUUAGAUAUUGUUUCCAUUCACACUCACAAACGGCAGUAGUUUUGUGCUGUUUGCCAACUUGGUCAACAUUAAUCAGUUGCAUCUUUUCACUGUCUGAUGUUUUUAUGAGAACAGCUUUUGCAUCUACAUCAUCGUGGUAUAACUGGCUGGCAUAUUAACAACAGUACGGUGAAGUGUGGUAGUAACUUCUUGCAAAGCGAAGACCUUCACUACAAAGAAAACCAUAACAUUUUCAUGCACCACCCUGAGUUGGACUUAAAAUUUCAUCCUGUUGUUGAGUAAUGAUAUUACACAAGACUGACAUUCCAUUCUGGCUUUGAAUCUGUGCAAACUGAAUAUUUGCACAGAAAUGGGAAGGUCCAGUUUCUGUUGUCUCUGGAAACACUGUAUUUUUUUUGCUGCCUCACAUUUGUUUUGAAUGCUUAAUGACUUCAGUCUUGAAGCAUACCUAUAACUUGUGCCUAAUCAUUUUUACAUUAUUUUGUUUCACACAAGUACUUCUUUUCUGGACAUGACCGGCCAUUUUUUGCAUUCAUUUACACUUGCAUUAGCACACAAUCAACUGAUAUUGUAGAUCAGUGACUUACUACUUUUGUUUCAUUAAUUUGAUGGUACUUCUGGCAAUCUCAUGACAGUUUGUAUUCUGACUUUGACACACAUUUCUGUCUCACAACUCUUACAUAGUAUGAUAGUGCGAGAUGCAGUCUGUGCUACGAAUAUGCUAAAGGCUUAAAACCAAUUAAAAACAUUUUAUAUGGUGUGUACGUGCACACGUGUACACACACACACACACACAGUACAUAUGCAUCAUACAGUUAUCUUGUUUCGAAGUUCUUUUCACUUUAUCAGUAGCCACUUGUGAUCAUGUCUGCUGGUCUAAUCCCCAACUAUUUUACUACACACUACUGCACUCACAGACUUGCAUCUCAUCACACUGGUUCACCUCACAUGAACACUGCACACCACUUCCAAGCCUAAGGUUUUUAAUUUUUGUUGAAAAGCUCACGUACAUGCUGGAGACAAGGCACAUUUUGUUUCUGGAAGAUGGGAGAGGAGCAGGUAGGUCUGGAAACUUCAGUAGGUGUGUGCAUUGUAUUCUGGUGUGUAACCUGCUUCUCCCCACCCACUGUCCAUGUGACAGCAUAUAUAAACGAGUAUAUAUGUCAUUAAAAUUCAUAAUUACUUCCCAUAGGUUUGUAACCCAAGCUCAUCCUCCAUUCAGGCCAAUACAGUACUGUCCCUUUUGACAUGACCCUGACAGUGCAAAGCAAAAGUACUGUACAGAGCCUGUGAGCUAACAGAAGAGACCAUUAUCAGAGCCCAAAACCCAGCAACAUGUCUGUGAUGACAGCGCCAGCGUGAACCCAAGCAAAAGAGGUAUAACAGACUGUGAACGAUCGAUUCUACUGUGUUAGUAACCUAUCUUGCGAGAAUUAUUUUGACAUACAGAGAAAACUAGUUCUUACAUACGGCUUCAGGAUAAUAUAAACACAAGCUUAUUUGAAAAGAAGCUGAUCAUAAAAAUAACUGCUCUAGUUUGGGUAAAGUUUUUUUCAGUAUGGUGGUAUCAAGCCAAUUGUUAGGUUUGACCACAGUAAUACUGUGUUGUGAACUACAACAGAUACUGCACCUACCACUGUUGCUGAGAACUGUCAUAGAAAUAUAGGCAAAUAUAUGUGAUUUUGCAGCAUACAGUAAAUCACUGUCUACAGAAGCCUUUGGGUGAAAAGGAUGGAUUCAGAUGUCUGCUAAACUUUGUAGAUGCAUUAUUUAAAUGGUUUGAGUAAAAUGAGGUAUGUUCAUAAUUUUUCUGUUAGUACAUUUUAUGUUAUUUAAUUAAGGAGAAGGCUGAAUAUUUUUAAAGUGAUUUUCUUUACACAAAAAUUACAAAGGUUUGACAGUAUUGUGAGAAUAAGUGAACAAUAGUGAUCCUUAAAGAUUGAUGUAUUACAUUUAUAUCAUUCUGUAUGUGUGUAGAUAUACAUGUAAAUCUAAGUUCUAUACGCUGUAUUGCAAUGUUGGAAAAUAAACACAUUUCAGUAAGGC